AUGGCCAAAGUAGAAGAACCUAAAAUUGUCGAAAUUCAUGAUGAAGAUGAUCACACCAGUGAUACAUCAUCAGAAGAAGACACUCAUGGUACUUCUCAGGGUAGUAGCUUUUCACGAUCUAGAACAAACAAAGUUGAAAAAAAAAAUAAAAAGAUCAUCCAGAAGAUGGGUCUUAAACCAACAAAUGAAUUUGAAAAAAUAAUUAUUAAAGGUGCUAAAGGUUUGAGUUUUAAUAUUCUUAACCCAGAGGUCUAUAUUGUUCCAAGUACUAAUAAUUAUAUUGUAUUUGGAGAAGCUAAAUUAGAAGAACGUGAUACUGCAUCUCAAGCUGCUGCUCUUGCAAAUGCAACUAGUCAGUUGGAACAGAAGUUGGCUGCAAUGAAGGUUAAUGAAGAACAAACAAAUAAGAUAUCUGAAACUCAAGAUAGACAAGAAGAUAGUGAAAUAGAUGAGACAGAUGUCGAUCCAGCUAAUAUCGACUUGGUUAUAGGUCAAACAAGUUGUAGUCGUGUACAGGCAGUCAAAGCUUUAAAAGCAAAUAAUAACGAUGUUGUAGAAGCUAUCUUAUCACUUUCACCAUGA